GUAGUUGGAUCACGUGAGCUACAGAAGGGGGUCAUUCUCCACAGAUAGUUUCAUUCUAGCGUUUUUACAGCACUCAACUCGAUAAUGUCUGUGCGCCGUAACCUUGAAUGGGUUAAGUGACGACGCGUCUUUUUAUGCACGAUCAAAUUAAGAGUGAUACUUUGCGUUGUCUGAAUAGGUGUCCUCUUCAGAUCAACAUCAUCAUAUCUCAGUGUUAUGUGCUGUAGUAAGAGCCGAGGGGUAGCCUGCAGGAGGAGUGACAAGGGACUUACAUCUCAGAAAGGGGUGGAGCUUCAUACCGUUCCUCUAUUUUUUUUGAUGCAAUAGCGUUCAGUCUAUCACGUCCUCCCAAUCGCUCAGCACACCACCAAAAGCCGUCAACUAACCUAAGACUGACGUUAUUUUGACAGGAGUAGACCUACAGGAAUUUACGCAUUGCUAUUUGUUGCGCAAUCAUACCAUUUCUUUGUCAAAUUUUUCAACUUUUAAAAGUGGCCUACUCGUUCGCUAUUUUUCAAGCACAUUAUUACCUUGAUUUUAGCAUCCGGGAAUCCACUGUAACUUUGGAGAAAAGCAAGUGGUGCCUUUUGACAUUGUUAUUUUAGCUGUAGCACAUUGUGUUGGGUUGCAAGUUGCGCUUGGAUUGCUGGUUCUAUGGAAUCUUGGAAGUUCGUAUCAAGACCAGAACAACGAGAAUGCCAAGAGGAUACGCAGGGAGAAUCGGUUGAAGACAACAUUCAGACUGAAAACAGCAAGGACCUUUUUGCAUGAAUAGGCUACCUGCAAGACACACCUCUAUUGCCUAGGCUACUCAGAUGAAUUAGUGUUAGAUAAUGAAUAUCAUAUUGAUUUUAGACUGAAACAUAAUUUUCAUUACAUGCUGUGAAUUGGAGAAAACUAUCAGAGAAGAUUUUUUAUAGUCGAGUACCGUUCUCGGUAACCUAUAAUUUACCAUUUUCUGUAACAGAUCGCGUUCAAUUUUCAAUGUGCCAUCAGCCGGACAAUAUUGCUCCUGUAUGUGAUUGAAACAUAUACAAUCUUUUCUUUUUGCCUUGCUGAAAAGCGCAUAUUGAUUGUGUUGCGGCAUCAUGAUGGAGGAACAAGCCCGGAUAAUGCAGGCGCUCAGCGGCGUGACUCUGGCUGGCCAUUCGGUACAAGGAGGCAUGGGACUACCGCCGCCCCACGGACACGAGGGGACCGAUGGGGACGGAAGAAAACAAGAUAUUGGGGACAUUCUUCAUCAAAUAAUGACAAUUACCGACCAAAGUCUGGAUGAGGCGCAAGCAAAGAAACAUGGAUUGAACUGUCACAGAAUGAAGCCCGCGCUCUUCAGCGUUCUCUGCGAAAUCAAAGAGAAAACAGGUCUCAGUAUCCGGGGUGCUCAGGAGCAGGAUCCUCCGGACCCCCAGCUCAUGAGGCUGGACAACAUGCUGCUGGCCGAGGGCGUGUCCGGGCCAGAGAAAGGUGGUGGAUCUGCGGCUGCCGCGGCAGCAGCCGCUGCGGCGGGGGGCGGAGCCGACAGCUCCAUUGAACACUCGGACUACAGGGCCAAGCUGACGCAAAUCAGACAGAUUUACCACACAGAGCUGGAGAAAUAUGAGCAGGCGUGUAAUGAGUUCACCACCCAUGUGAUGAACCUGCUGAGGGAGCAGAGUCGCACAAGGCCCAUCUCUCCCAAGGAGAUAGAGCGCAUGGUGGGGAUCAUCCACCGCAAGUUCAGCUCCAUCCAGAUGCAGCUCAAACAGAGCACCUGUGAAGCCGUCAUGAUCCUACGCUCCAGAUUCCUUGAUGCCAGGCGAGUGUGUGUGUGUGUGUGUGUGUAGGAUGUAUGUGUGUGA